GAGACAGGGGGCGGGGCCUACUGGGACAUUAUCUCGAGGUGCGCCUCGCGGACAGAGCUCUGAUUGGUUGGCACUUCUGGCAAGCGGCACGCGACUGUGGAUGUCGCUAUAAAGAAUCCUCGCGUGCCGGUUCUUGAACUAAACUAAGUGUUGACGGUGAGCAGCACACAGAGACACAGAGCUGAUAAAAGGAGAAACACUGCGGCAUUGUCAGCGGACAACAGGACACAAAGAUGGACAGUGUGCUGGACCCUUUCUCUGGACUCGACUCUUUCUCCUCCCCUCCUUAUUUCGACGAUGACGAGUUUUUCACCGACCAGUCCUCGAGAGACGGACACUUGGACACGGAUGACUUUUUGGAUGACGAUGUGGACUUCCUCGCCAGUCAUUUCCAAGACUAUUACAGCAAAGACGGCGGUCACAGAGCAGCGCAACACGAUGGAGACUACGACAUCGGCAACUUGUCCUUCUCCUCCUCGUCCUCCACUUUCUCCUACGGAUGCGCAGACAGCACCCCGGACCUGUCCCCUCACGGCGGGCCGCUGCUGAAGCGGAGGAGGCGGAUGCGCUCUGAUAUGGAGAUGCAGCAGCUGAGGCAGGCGGCCAACGUCAGGGAGCGGCGCAGGAUGCAGUCCAUCAACGACGCGUUCGAGGGUCUCCGCUCCCACAUCCCGACCCUCCCCUACGAGAAGAGACUGUCCAAAGUGGACACGCUGCGGCUCGCCAUCGGCUACAUCAACUUCCUAGCUGAGCUGGUUCAGUCUGAUCUGCCCAUCAGGAACUCCAGCAGCGAGACGCACGCACAACCCAAGAAGGUCAUCAUCUGUCACAGAGGAACAAGGUCUCCCUCCCCCAGUGACCCAGACUACGGCCUGCCUCCCCUGGCCGGUCACUCUCUCUCCUGGUCGGAUGAAAAGCAGCUCCGGGAGCAGAACAUCAUCCGCACCGCUAAGGUCUGGACACCGGAGGAUCCCCGAAAAUUGCACAACAAACCGGGCGUUACUGACAUUGAAAACGAGCCUCCUUUCGGCCUGGUGGCCUGAACUAAAAGCCCAGAGACCCUGUGGCUCUUCCUGUAAACCGCACAUUGUUAAUGUGAAGACUGAUAAUGUUAAUGUGCACUUGAACGCGCAUUGCAAAAAAUGUGAACACCAUGUGAGCUUACUGUACAGUUUGUUUUCAGUGUUGUAAAUAGUUUUAUCAUGUUGAUAAUGUUAUUUUUUUAAUUGAUAAUGUUGGUAAUACAUGUUGAUAAUGUUAUUUUCAUAAUUCAGGCAGCUGGCAAU